AUGUCAAGUAUCGCUUCCAGUUCUACAGCUAACGUUAAAGCAGAAAUUAAUCGCCUCGUUAAAGAUGAAAAUGAGAAAGCUAUUUUACUUGCCCAUUUCACCAAGUAUAAAGAUCAGAAAGAUGACGCGUCCGUAGACCUUAAUGAUCUUGUUACGGAUGAAGCUAAACUUGAAUUUCUUAGGGCUUUCUUGCCUGGUGGUAAUCAAGAACAAGAAUCUUUAAAAAGACAUAUUGAGAAAGUCGUCAAAGAAGAAGUAAGCGAACUUAGACGUGAGGUGAAAAAAGUACGUUAUUUUGCAGAAGCAUGGCUCAGUUUACCUGGUAUUGAUACGGAAACUGAUAAAGGCAAACGGGUAAUGGAUAAAGGUACAGUAAUGAAUUUCCCACUCCAACUGACCCAAAUUCGUAGGCGAAAUUCACAUGGAAAGUUUCAGAAACCACCCAAUCUUUCAGGCGCGAAACCAAGUGAGGAUGAAAUACAAGAAUACUUCAUGGAUGAAUGUACGGCAUUAAAAGCAUUACCAGAGAUACAACUUUAUGUUGAAGAUACACAUUCUACACCAUUGCUGAAUACUCGAAAGCCAGAUUUUGUAUUCAUUCAAAAAGGAAGGCCUCUAGAUCCAUUGAAUGUUGUAGCUGUCGGUGAAAUAAGAAAGCGAACCGGUAAUAAUUUUAAAAGUGCUGAUAUAGGACACGCGGUAGCAUUUGGUGAAAAAGUGCUCCAGCUUCAACCACGACGACAAUAUGUAUAUGCAGUAUUGACGGAUUGUAUUAUCAUACGAAUCUACAGAAUAACUAGAGAAGACAAUAAUCAAUUCUCAUAUAGAUACACGGCGUCCGAGUCAUUAACAUAUAACGCUUCCGAACCUCCGAAAGGAUGGAAAUAUUUGGUGACAAUCAUGCAAAAUUCUCCGGAUCAGCUGGGAUGGGUUGAACCUUCAAUAAAUCUUGAUGGAAAUACUGUAACAUUGGUUCGAUCUAUUAGUUCAGGUAGAACUAGUAUUGUAUAUGAGGGAAUUCUUGAGGAUAGGGAAAGUUCUGUAGUCGUAAAAAAAGCAAAGAGGGAAGAAUACUUACCUUGCUUUAUCAACGAAAAGGAUGUAUUGAUUAAACUAUCGGUUUUGAAUUCACCUUAUCUUCCAAAACUCCUUCUGAGCAACGAUGAUACUCUUGUUAUGACUCCUCUAUGCACUAAAGUCAAUAACCUACAAAUCAAAGAUAUUGAAAACAUCAUUGAAACCCUUAAGACGGUUCAUUCAAAUUUCCAGCUUGUACAUGUGGACCUUCGAAAGUAUAACUUCCUUCGUGAUGAUGAUGGUAACAUUUUAAUAACUGACUGGGGAUAUAGUAAAGCACAAGGUGAAAACGCGCCAUUUGCAGGUGCUCUUGAAUGUAUGCCCGAUAAUGUCCUUCGAUCAUUAAUUAAUGAUGAACAAAUUAAUUAUGGUCCAACAAUCGAUUUGAUAUGUCUGGUCCGGUCACUUUACCUGAUGCUUCAUCAACCAUCAUCGAUUGAAAGGAUCUCUUUUGAAAUGAUUCCAGAAAACUUUAAGAGACGAGUGCAAGAUAUAUUAGAUUUUUGGGCUGUUAAUGGAAAAUCCGAAUGGUGGGAUAUAAUCAGUUCUGAUGCCAGGGAUUUGGAUUAUGAUAAAUUACUUGAAGACAUUAAAAAGUUGUUUUGA